UAAUAGUUUACAGCCAUGCUAACAGCUCUGUGAGGCUGUGCUUAGGCUGAAAAAAACAAUCCAGACCAACAAUGCGUUACUCAGUAUUUUACGACUUCCCUGCCCUGUCUGUGGCACUCAGUCCCAAGCCCACUGGUUCCUUCUGAGGACAUAAAUCUUUAAAAACAAGUCACAAAUAUAUGCUUUCAUUCUAAAACAGCUGGGCUCUGUGUUUUUAGCAAAUGCUACUUAAACAUGAGUAGAUAGUUCAUUUAUUGGGGACUAUUUUCAGAUGCAGAUUAAUACACAUUUGAUGCACUAGAGAGUAUUUACAGUUCAGUUCAUUACAGUCAGGACAGUGUAGUUGGGAUCGACUCAAGAUAAACUAUAGUGUGUGUGCUCCUGCUGAAGGAACAUGUCACCCAGUACAAAGAUCAUGGAGGGAAGUUUGAAGAAACUGCUGUUCUUUGGUUUGUACUCUUUGUUCGUCACACAACAGACAGGCUUCACAUACUACCUCCAUGAGUACAUUGCUAUCACUGAUGUGAAGAUGAGCUGGGUGGAAGCCCAGAACUACUGCAGAGCAGAGUACGGUGACCUGGCCACCAUAUCUGAUACGAAGGACAUCAGCAGAAUCAGCAACUUGACCAGGAACUGGGAGAAGACCUUCUGGAUCGGUCUGUAUGAUGAUGUCAACAGCUGGAAAUGGUCUCUGGUGGGUAAACAUUUCUACACGGGAGUAGUGGAGGACUACAGGCAGUGGCAGAAAGAUCAGCCAGACAACGCAUUAGCGGCCGAGCACUGCGUCUCCAUGAUGGAAGACGGCUUUUGGAGGGACAACAGCUGCACGCUCGUCAAAAAGCCUCUCAUUUGUUUCAGAGAUGGUAUGAAAGAUCAAUAUGUGCUAGUGACUGAGGAGAAGAGUUGGUCUGAGGCUCAGAUCUACUGCAGGCAGCACCACACAGAUCUGGUCAGUGUGAGGAGUGCGGCUGAGAACCAGGAGGUGAGGAACAGACUGCAGAGCAACACCUCUGUGCAGGAAGCCUGGAUCGGCCUACACAGAGACUCCUGGAAAUGGUUGGAUGGCAGCACCUCCUUGUUCAGACAGUGGUGGGAUGGCCAGCCCGAUAAUGAAAACAACUCUCAGGCGUGUGUUACUACGCAAAGAGGGAGCUGGAACGACUGGAAAUGUUCACUCAAAUUCAACAUUCUCUGCCAACAAACAACUAAAGUGACUACAACUCCACUGACUGUAUCCACCACCAUCAGACCAGCUGUGUGGAGAAGGACUACAUUGAAGAUGAAGCUGCUGACUAACUCUGACCUCACAGAUCCAACCAUCAGACAUAAAGUCUUACAGCAGUUUGAAGCAGCUCUUCACUUGCAGGGAUUUACCGACCUCAAGCUGCUCUGGAGGACUUUAAGGGCAGAGCCACAACCAACAGAAGGAGGUAAUCAGAAAUGUUUGCGAUUGAUGUUUAUUUUCUUCUAAAUACAUUUGACCUCAUAAAUUAAAUACUGACAUAUAUAGCUGACUAGAUGCGCUUACAUUUGAGUUUAAGCAUCGUGUGUUUCUCAUUUUGCAAUGUUUACACCUUCAUCCUGAUUCACCUGCUCUGUCUUUCACCAACAGAUGCAUGCGGACAGGAAAUAGAGAAAAACCUCAACUGAGGUUGUUUUUUAAAACCUAAAAUGGAACUAGAGGGAAGAUUUAAAACAGUGAUGAUAACAAAAGUUUUUGCGUUCUUUAAAAAAAACAAACUGAUGAUUGAUUUGUUGUCUGUUUUAAUUAUCUACCUCGAACACUUCCCUGAAGUUGAAAGAAAACUAUAUCCUGACAGAAUUUAGUCUCGUAUUUAUUAGAUAUUUAUCUUUUGUCGUUAUGUCUACAUAAAUCUUUUAUUAACAAAUGAUAUAAAACACUGGGGAAUUGUAUUGCUUCCUUGAUGGAUUUAUCUUGCGACUUGUUAGUUCACCAAUAAAAUUAAAGUUCUCACAUCAUUCUGUUAACUCUGAAUACUCUCUACUUCAGUAAAAGUACUAAUA